UCCAAAGCGAAGGAAACGUUCUAUGUGAAUUAGUCAUAAAAGUUUAUUGGUUUGUAUUAAAAUUGUAAAUGAAAAAUUUGGAUUUGAGCUGAUUGUAAAGUGUUACAAAUGACAGAACUAGUACGAGGAGAAGCAUCCGAAUCCGAUGAAGAAACUCAUGUCAAAAUAUUCGCAUCCGAAGUUCCUGGCGAAGCCACUGAGUCAGAUGAAGAUUUGUUCGAAAAAAAGUUACCAACAUUGGGAAAUGAUAACGUAAUGACAGAAUCACGCUACAAAAAUAAUUUGCUGCAACGAAAAUUAAUCGAUAAUAACAUUGCAAUUUAUAAGGGAAUGUCUAUGUUUGCAAAGAAUUUUAUAACAAAUGCGUCUAAACAUUUGCUAAACAUUGAUCAACAUCUCAUAAAAUCACAGGUAACUAUGCAGUCAGUUUUAUGCUCUUUGAAAAAUUCUCAGGUCAGUAUGAAGCAACUGCAUGAAAAACAUAAAGAUAUUUUUGCAAGCAAUUUUGUACCGGAUAUCAAACACUAAGCUUUUAUAAAUAAAAAAAAUAUUAAUCGAUAUUUUA